CUUCGACGCAGCCACCGCGCCCAAGACCUCGACCACGACCAGUACCACGCGCUAAAGCACCGCCGAGCUCACCAGGAACCAGUAAUAACGAUGCAGUACCGACGGAUGCUGUUGACGAUGAUUCUCUGUUUAUGCGCAAUCGAGGGCGGAGCGCGAAGGUCUGGACCAAAUUGAAGAAGAUUACGGCGGAAACAAAAAAGAAAGUGGCUUCUUCAGAUAGUGAAGGCGAACAGAGCGAAUCAAUGCGUCCCAGAAAGCAGAAGAAAAUAUCGGGCGAGAGCACCAGAAUGGCGCGUCUCAUGUCUGAAACGCAAUCUUCUGACUCGGACUCCGGCUCGGAUGUGGUGGUGACAGGCGGAUCUACGUCGAAGAGGAAAGCGAAAGGGAAGGAGAGAGCUCGCAGCAAGUCACGCUCGCUUACACCACCCCCGGAAAUGUCGCGAGAGCAACGUGAUCUUCUACGAAAUAUCGUGCGUGAGACCCUCGGCGCCAGAGACAGAGAUCGCACACCUUCUCCUCCCCUCGACCCUGAUCUAUCAACGGACACAAUCGUGUUUGAUCCUGAGGUGCAAGCUAUUAUUAACGCGGCCAAUGCUGGGGCAAAACCUUCGGAAUCCAACCCGAUUUCUCAUUCCAACGAGACCAUAGAGAUCUUCGUCCACUGGAAACCACAUCCACGAGAUGAGCAGGGUCGGAAGAGGACAGACAUAUUCAAGUUGAACAGAACGGAUACCUUCCGAGAACUGUUUGAGGCUGUAGCGGAGGACCAGUCGCUGCUUCUCGAAAACCUGAGACUCAGUCAUAAUAACAUCCGCAUAUUUCCCUCGGUCACCCCAGCCACUCUGCGAAUAUGGGACGAAGCGGAUCUGGAGGCUUGUGAUAAAACUACAUGGGAAUUCCUGCACGCCAAUCCUCAUAAGGCUGGUCAUAACGGCAGUGCAAUCGAAAUCGCAUCAGACUCUGAGGAAGAGGAGGAAGACGAGGAGUUGCUGCAAUCAGACGCCGGUGACGAUGAUGACGAAACACUCAAGCUUGUCUUGCGUUCUUCUAAGACCGUCGGAAACGAUAUCACGCUCACCGUCAGACCGACAACGACGUGCGGCGCAAUCGUCCAAGCCUUCCUCAAGAAAGCUGGUCUUGCUGGCCAAUAUGGGAAGCCUGCUGGUAGCACCACAAAAAGAGGUCGUGGACGCAAAUCAGCCGUAGCUUCAGAUAAGAACCCGCAGUUGUCCAUUGAUGGAGACCGUAUCGACCACGGUGUUCCCAUUUCGGAAAUGGAUCUCGACAGUGGAGAUGUUGUCGAUGUUGUCGGCCUGUAGAUUCGUUCAGCGACGUCAUUGGGCUCUUGUUGGACUCGUUCCAGCUCUUUCGUUCUUUACCUCCAUCACUUGACCGUGGGAAUAAUUUAAUGCUUUGACUGGUGAA